UAAAUUAGCCGCUGGCAUUGUGAUUGCAAGCUGUGAAUAGUCAUCUGUUCAUGAUGUUGCUCGGUCGAUAUCGCAAUGGAAAGCUGCUGUUGUUGAGUUUUUCGCUCUUACUGGUUCUGUGCACAUAUUUGUACAGAAAGCACGGAAAACCGACAAAAUCCCAUUACAAUGUGAUGGUUUGGUGGAACCCAUAUGUAAAACAAUUGGAUUAUCACAGGAAAUGUGGAGAAGUAGAAUGUCGUUUCACAAGCGAUCGCAAGGCACAGAAGGAUCCUUUUUUCACAGGUUAUCUAUUUCACGGUAAAAAGAUGUCGAUUCAUGACAUGCCUGCAAACCGUAGAAUAGACCAGUACUGGGGCUUGUAUCAUGAUGCGUCACCAAGAAAUGCUCCUUUUCUCCUACAUAGCCUGGAUAUCUUCAACUUCUCAUCAACGUUCAGUCGACAUAGUACGGUGCCGCUCACAUUGCAAUCAUUCACAACUUUGGAAGAGCUUAUCAAUUAUAAAAAUAUGUACACAUUUGGGCUAAAAACAAGCUUCCAGAAAAAAAUGAAGUUGGCUCCAGUUUUAUACAUACAAUCCCACUGUGAUACUCUCACUGGUCGAGAGUUAUAUGUUAAAGAAUUGGGAAAGCACAUAUCAAUUGAUUCGUAUGGUAAUUGUUUGAAAAACAAAACAUUCCCCGAUGGUAUAACAUAUGACUCAAUUGAUUUUGAAGACACGCGGAAUUUCUAUGAAUAUGUUUCAAAAUACAAAUUCAUCAUUGUAUAUCAAGACAUUAUCUGCGAAGAUUAUAUUGCUGAUAAAUUUUGGAAAUCGCUAAGCUUAGGAAUCGUUCCUAUCUAUUUCGGAGCAACCAACAUAAGGAACUAUCUCCCAAACCCAAACUCUGCCAUUUUGAUUGACGAUUUUGCCACUCCCUUUGAUCUGGCGCAAUUCAUAUCACAAGCAUCAAAUAACGAAGAUCUGUAUACAAGUUUUUUGUACCACAAAACGUUGGACAUGUAUCCGAUAUCAAAUCAGCUGUUAGUCAACGCUAUCUUCAAGGAGGACAUCUAUUAUUUAGCAGAUAGAAAAACACGAUCAAUCGUAGAAUUCGAAUGCACCGCGUGUGUACAAAGUUUUCACCAGGAAAAGUUGCAAACUCAACAAAAGGAAUUAUCGUGCGAGCUUCCGUACUUCCCACCUGGAAAUUUUACUUUGAAGGCCCUUCCGAGAGUACGGAAAUUUGUCGAAAGAGCUCGAAUGGAGGCAACAAUUAUGCAUAAAAUGGCUGGUGUUAGUGAAACAUAGAUAUUGGGGUCAAAAUAAAAAUGGUGAUUUUGCCGUGUGUUUUUUCUUAAUCAAUCAA